ACCGUGCUGCCACUUAGCUUGCGCAUACUGAAACCAGGGCUUUAUGGAGCGGUGUUGGUGCGAACCGAGUAUUUCUGCGCAAGACCUGCUGCCACGCACUUAAUCUGUCCUUAUGGGCUGCCUAGCUCUCCAGAACUUCUGUCGCGCCCCGGAGGCGUUGGUGAAGGCCCGCUAGGAACCCCGCUGUCGGGCGACGCGCAGCGAGGCGUCCACCGGCGGGCGGGCGUCUCCUAAAAGCAAGCUGGCAUAAUGAAUACAGGGAUGGCUUACAACAACGGCGGGGAGCUUAAGCAGCGGCUGAGCAGGGCUUUACUGGAUGUCUCCGGCACGCUCGCGACGGUCAAGAGUGGGGCCCUCGUUCAGGUCUGGAUGCCGGAGUGCACGCACGACGGCACCAUAGUGCUCAGCUGUCAGGGCCUGCCCUUCGCGGUGGCGGGUGUGGGAGACCUUCUGGCGCUAUUCCGCUGCGUGUCGGUGCGCUACCGCUUCUCCACGGACGUCAUGAAGCCGUCGCUCAUGGGCGCCAUCGGCCGCGUGUACUCCACGCUGGAGCCGGAGAUGUCGCACAACGUACAGAAGUACGACAAGCAGGUGUACCUGCGCGUGAGCGAGGCGCAGCGCUGCCGCGUGCACUCCACGCUCAUCAUCCCCAUCUUCGGCUCCGACGCGCGCGACACGCCGCUGGCCGUUUUCGAGCUGGUACAGGGCGACCGCGACGUGACCUUCCCCGCGGUGCUGUCACAGCUGUCCGCGUCGCUGCAGAAUGUGAACCUGUUCACCAUCGACCUGGAGACGGCGGCCACCGCCGCGGGCCUGCGCAAAUGGCCCAUGCACAUUGACAUGCUGCCGGCGUCGGAGUUCAGCAGUGGCGCUGCGGGCACAGCGGCGGGUGCUGCUGGCGGGACUGCGGCCGCGGGCUCGGGCCCCGCGCGGCUGUCGCCGAAUGGAGAGGGGCAGGGGCUGCACCGGCGGCUGGGCAGCGCGCGCCUCGCGGACGUGGCGGAGGACAAGGAGCCAGCGGCGUCCAGCAACGUGAUUGCAACGGAGGAGCGCGAGCACCAGUCGCCCAGCACCUCGAGGCAGGACGAAGUGGGCAGCUGGGGCGCCAAGCGGACCUCCCUCACCAGGGUGUCCACCGGCAACCUGCACGGCGCCGGCGGUGGGGCGGCAGGCAGCGGCCCCGUGCACAUGCCUACCGCCGCUGGGGGCGGCGCAACCGCGGGCGCGGGCGGCAUCAAGCUGUCCUCCAGCCCGCAGACCAUGCAGGGGCCACUGGCGGCAGCCGGCACCUCGCCGCCGGGCGCAGGUGCAGGAACAGGCGUGCCCUCCGUCGCCUUGUCAAUGCCGGUACCGGUGCCGGUCCAAGGGAUGUCCCAGCUGACUGCCAGCGGCAGCGGGCAUGCAGCAGGGCCGGGGGGCGCGGCGGCGGGGCUAGCGGGCGCAGGCGGCUCGGGGUUGCUGCCAGGCAGCGCACCGGCAUUGCUGAAGCUCGAGACGGCAGGCAGCGCCGGCACUAGUGACGGCCUUGGAGCGCGGCAGGCGAUGACGCCGCCCGCGCCCGUGCCUGGCCCGCCUCUGGACCCGAACAACGCGGCGCAGCUGAUGGCGUGGCUGUCGCAGCAGGGCAACGCCGGCAACGCCGCGCUUGACCAGAUCAAGGCGCUGUUGGAACAGCAGCAGCAACAACAGCAGCAGCAACAACAACAGCAGCAACAGCAACAGCAGAUGCAAUUGCAACAGCAGUUGCAGCAGCUGCAGGCACUGCAGCAGCAACAGAUGCAGCAGCAGGCUCAGUCACAGGCACUGCAGGUGCGGCAGGCGCGGAUGUCGGAGUCUAUGUCAGUGCCCGGUGCCCUGGCGGCGCAGCAGCUACAGCUGCAACAGCAGCAGCAGCAGCAGCAGGCACCGCACCAGCACCAACAGGGGCCAAUGAUGAUGGAUGUGACGGUGGGAUCGUCAGGACCGCUUCAGCACCUAGCAGGCGCAGCCGUGUCCACACCGUCGCCACCCACCACUGGCAGCGGCCUGGCGCAGGCGUGCAGCGGCGACACCAACGCCAACGCCGCCGGGCCCAACACCCUGGUGGCGGCAGUCGCUGCCGCCGCCGCCGCUGAGCAACAGCAACAACAGCAGCAGCAGGCUGCGGCGCAGAUGCAGCAGGCCGCAAUACAGCAGGCGGUGGCGCAGGCAAGCACGGCAGCCGCCGCCGCAGCUUCCAUGAACAACAAGCUCUCUCGCAGCGGUUCCGCGCCGCGCGUGCAGGCAGCAGCAGCGGGCGCCGCCGCCGGCGACGCGGGGGAUGACGGCGACGAGGAAGACAUCAGCAGCGGCGGCGAUGACGACGACAGCGACGACGAGCGUGGCGGCGGCGGCAACCCGCGCAACAACAACCGCGUAGGUGGCGGCGCCGGCAAGCGCCUGCGCUUCGAGGACCUGCAGGCGCAGUUCGGCCUGGGCCUGAAGGAGGCCGCCAACAACCUGGGCAUAUGCGCCACCACGCUCAAGCGCGCCUGACGGCGCCACGGCAUCAAGCGC